AUGGAGGAUGGUGGUGAUGAUGGCGGCGAGGAAGCCACGAAGGUAUCUCCCGAUCGACUGCAAUCUGUUGCAUUCAUCUUCGCGAGCGCAAGCGAUGAUCAAAUUCCAACGGUGGGCACCGAUCCAUCCAAAAAAGGUAACAAAUAUGUGCGGGAAGACAAGAAGUAUGUGCAACCCGACAGAAAUAUAGAUAGAGGGGCGUCACGCAACACGAUGCAGCGGUUAAAUAAAAGCCAAUGGGCAGACAUGCAGAAACGAGAAACCAAGGCAAGGCAAGAUCCCUGGCCGGCCAUCCUUAUACAGCAGGGAAGUAAGAGGCCGGUUGUACGACAAAGAAACCCCCCCGCGGCCGGGAAAACCAGGGUGACGUCGGCGAACCAUCCAACGAGCGAAGUUAAAAAUGAAUAA